AUGGAAACCACCAAACACCUCCCCUUCCUCAUAAUGAUCAUUACCAUCAUCACCACUGCAUCCUCCACUUCACUUCCCUCUCUCACGACGGAGCAAAACGAAAUGGCAACCAAAAUCAUAGACGCAAUGAUCUCAAGCGGCUCAUUCGAAGACUGGAGUGAAGCGUUCCUCAACACCAACGACGAGCUCAACGGUCCAGUCCUCACUUCCACUCUCUUCCUCCCCAAAACAUCCGUGGAAGGAAUCAACGCCACGUCACCACUGGUUGCUUCUUACCACAUCGUUCCACAGUGGCUUGACUUCUCCGUCUUAAGCCUCAUGAAGCCUUUCUCUCGCAUCCCUACGCUACUCUUUGGACACUCUAUCGUAGUUACCAACAAUUCAGCUUCAGGUUUUGCACUUGAUGGUGUUCUCAUUUCCGAGCCAGAUUUAUUCGUCUCUCCAUCCAUAGUUAUCCAUCGAAUGGCUUCUCCGUUUAACUUCACCCGUUAUAGUUUGACUUUGACACCGUAA